AUGGACGCUAUCAAGUCCUUCUUUGUGCACAUCCCCCAGCCGGCUCAAUGGUUCCUGGCCGGCGUGGGAGCUCUCUACAUUUCUAGCAAGGUUCUUGCCUAUGUCGACAUCCUCGUGAAGCUAUUUGUCCUCAGCGGCACCAACCUCCGCAAGUAUGGCAAGAAGGGCACCUGGGCCGUCGUCACCGGCGCCUCGGAUGGCCUGGGCAAGGAAUUCGCGACGCAGCUGGCCGCCAAGGGCUUCAACCUCGUCCUCGUCUCCCGCACCCGCGCCAAGCUCGAAACGCUCUCCAAGGACCUCGAGCAGAAGUUUGCGGGCCAGGGCCUGCAGACCAAGAUCCUCGCCAUGGACUACACGCAGGACAACGACGCCGACUACGAGGCCCUGGGCAAGCUGAUCGACGGCCUCGACGUCGGCAUCCUGAUCAACAACGUGGGCCAGAGCCACAGCAUCCCCGUCUCCUUCCUCGAAACGCCUCGCGACGAGCUCCAGAACAUCGUGACCAUCAACUGCCUCGGCACGCUCAAGACGACAAAGGUCGUCGCCCCGGGCAUGGUGCAGCGCCGGCGCGGCCUGAUCCUGACCAUGGGCUCCUUCGCCGGCUGGAUGCCGACGCCCUUCCUGGCCACCUACAGCGGCAGCAAGGCCUUCCUGCAGCACUGGAACAGCUCCCUGGCCGCCGAGCUCAAGCCCUCGGGCGUCGACGCCUACCUCGUCAUCAGCUACCUCGUCGUCUCGGCCAUGAGCAAGGUCCGCCGCCCGAGCCUGCUCAUCCCGCUGCCCAAGCCCUUCGUGCGGUCCGCGCUCGGCAAGAUCGGCUGCGCGUCGCAGGCCGUCGCCUACACCUACACGCCCUACUGGAGCCACGCGCUCUUCCAGUGGGUCGUCGAGAACACCAUCGGCGCCGGGCACUGGUUCGGCAUCAAGACGAACCUGGACAUGCACAAGGACAUCCGGCGGCGGGCUCUGCGCAAGGCCGAGCGCGAGGCCAAGAAGCAGUGA